AUGGCGGAGGGGAAGGCGAAAGACAAGAAGCGGCGAAGGAGCGAGGCAGACGGCGAACAGAAACUCGCUCCGGAGGAGCUAGCGAGGCGGGAGAAGCAGCGGAAGUUGCGUGAGGUCGCUCUGGCGAAGAGAGCCGCCGGACAGCAGUACGUCUCUUCGACGUCCAUGAAGCGACGCGCGCGCAGCAUCAGGCGCCUUCGCGCGCGGGAGGCGGAGAAGCGUGCGGCGGCGCCAGAGCGCGAAGCGGCGCCGAAGGGCAGGGCGCCUGCGCGCAAGGACAGCAAGCCCGACAGCCACACGGGGAAGCACGCGCCCAAGGGCAAGGUGCAGGUCGUGGUGCUGCCCCUGUACCACAAGACAGACAAGGCGACCGUCGUCGACUACGCGCGGCGCGUGAGCGAGACUCUGAAGGAGCAUGCGUACGCGGCGUGGCUCGACGUGUCGGAGAGCAUGCCUGGCGAGAAGAUGCGGUACUGGGAGGAGCAGGGCGUGGUGGUGCGGGUCGAGGUGGGGCUGCGGGAGGCGCGGAGCGGGGACACGGUCGUCGUGGCGCUCUCGCAGGGCGUGGGGAAGGUGGCCAAGAAGCACAGCGUCAGCCUGGAGGGGAGCAGGUUCCUGGAGCUCGUCGAACAAGGCGCCGGCGCACCGGCGCUGCGGCGGCCCGACGACGCGGGCGGGGCCGAGCGCGCUCGCAAGCGGCCCGCGGCCGUCAGCGGCGACGACAUCGGCGAGGCCUUCGCGGUGCCAACAACAGAGGCCCCUGUCGCGCGAACCAAGAAACGGACGCACAGGAAGAUGUGA